AGCUCAGCAGAUGGCAGUAAUGCACAUGUAGUCUGGCACAUUUAACCGGCAGUAGACCUUAUGUGUUAAACGACUGAGGGAAGUUGGGGGUCAGAUUGUCACGUGCUGUUUUAGAACUCUCCAGAAACAUGGGCACUUGUUUGAGGAUGGCUGGAUCUCUUCAGCGGAUCCACAGAACUUCUUAUAAGCCUGGACAGCUGUUCAGGCGCGGAGCAAUUCCAUAUCUGACAGAGGCCACCGGUCAGCUCCGGCUCCAGCCGUCACCGCGCUUCAACACCCUGUCUUCCGUCAGCAGCACUCCGGUGACCGCGGGCUGCAGGCUUACCAAACACCACCGCUGGGUUCGGGUCGCGGGGAUACCCCUAGCUCAUUCCGCUACCUCCACGUCCCCUUGUGGACUAAGCGUACCAACUCGGUUGUUGGGUAACCGGGCCAGUGGGGCAGGUUUCUCUGGGGAGGACGGCGGGGAGAACGCGGCUUCUGGAGGAGAUGAGUCUGGAGGGGAUGGAGAAGACCCCUACAGCGGACCGCAGAUGACGGCUCUCACCCCCAUGAUGGUCCCUGAAGUGUUUCCCAACGUCCCGCUGAUCGCUGUGAGCAGGAACCCCGUGUUUCCCCGUUUCAUAAAGAUAAUUGAGGUGAAGAACAAGGCCCUGAUGGAGCUGCUGAGGAGGAAGGUGCGGCUUGCUCAGCCUUACGCUGGAGUCUUUAUGAAGAAGGAUGAUAAUAAUGAGUUGGAUGUGGUCAAAUCCCUGGACUCCAUUUAUUCCACUGGGACCUUUGUUCAGAUCCAUGAGAUGCAGGAUUUAGGAGACAAGCUGAGGAUGAUCGUUAUGGGACACCGCAGGAUUCGGAUAACAAGACAACUGGAAGUGGAAGCUGAGGACAGAUUGGCGUCCCCUGACUGGUCAGAGUCUGAAUCAGAGCCUCAGGUCAAAGCUACGGCAAGGCGGAAGUCCAAACGCAGCCGUAAGGACCAGCCGACCUCCCUGGCAGAGCAGCUGGAGAACAAGGUUUCAGAAGCUGACUUGAGUCCAGAGCUUCAGCCUUUGCCUUACUCCAACAUUCUGAUGGUUGAGGUGGAUAACGUUCAGCAUGAGCAGUUCACGGUCACUGAAGAGGUCAAGGCACUGACGGCUGAAAUCGUGAAGACCAUCAGGGACAUCAUUGCCCUCAACCCCCUCUACAGAGAAUCAGUGCUUCAGAUGAUGCAGGCUGGUCAACGGGUGGUCGAUAACCCCAUCUACUUGAGUGACAUGGGGGCUGCACUGACGGGAGCUGAGUCCCAGGAGCUGCAGGAUGUCUUGGAGGAGACAAAUAUUCCAAAACGUCUUUACAAGGCUCUGUCUCUUCUAAAGAAGGAAUAUGAACUGAGUAAACUGCAGCAGCGUCUGGGCCGUGAGGUGGAGGAGAAGAUCAAACAGACCCACAGAAAGUAUCUUCUCCAGGAGCAGCUGAAGAUCAUCAAGAAGGAGCUGGGUCUGGAAAAAGAUGACAAAGAAGCCAUUGAGGAUAAAUUUAGGGAGAGACUUAAAGACCAGAAUGUUCCUCAGCACAUCAUGGAUGUAAUCAAUGAAGAGCUGAACAAGCUGGGGCUGCUGGACAACCACUCAUCUGAGUUCAAUGUAACUCGCAACUACCUGGACUGGCUAACCAGCAUGCCAUGGGGCACCAACAGUGAAGAAAACCUGUCAUUAUACAGGGCCAGGGAGGUUCUGGAGGAAGACCAUUAUGGAAUGGAUGAUGUUAAAAAACGCAUAUUGGAGUUCAUUGCAGUGAGCCAACUCCGAGGCUCCACCCAGGGGAAGAUCCUGUGUUUCUAUGGCCCUCCUGGUGUGGGGAAGACCUCCAUUGCCCGCUCCAUUGCCAGAGCACUUAACAGACAGUACUUCAGGUUCAGUGUAGGAGGAAUGACCGACGUGGCUGAGAUCAAAGGUCACAGGAGAACAUAUGUUGGAGCUAUGCCUGGGAAGAUUAUUCAGUGUCUGAAGAAAACCAAGACGGAGAACCCUUUGGUGUUGAUAGAUGAGGUGGAUAAAAUUGGCCGUGGUUACCAAGGUGACCCAUCCUCUGCUCUUCUGGAGCUUCUGGAUCCUGAACAGAAUUCACACUUCCUUGACCAUUACCUGGAUGUCCCUGUGGACCUGUCUAAAGUUCUGUUUAUCUGCACAGCCAAUGUGACUGACACCAUCCCAGAACCACUUAGAGACAGGAUGGAGAUGAUCAACGUGUCCGGAUACGUGGCCCAGGAAAAGCUGGCUAUUGCUGAGCGUUACCUGGUCCCUCAGCUGCGAACACUCUGUGGCCUGACUGAAGAGAAGGCCUCCAUCUCCCCCGACGCUCUGGGUCUGCUCAUCAGACAGUACUGCAGAGAGUCAGGAGUGAGAAACCUGCAGAAACAGAUAGAGAAGGUGUUCCGUAAAGUAGCAUUUCAUAUUGUGAGUGGAGCCGAGGACUCAGUGGCCGUCUCGUCUGACAAUCUGCAUGAUUACGUGGGUAAACCAGUUUUCACAGUGGAUCGAAUGUAUGACGUGACCCCACCAGGAGUGGUGAUGGGCCUGGCAUGGACCGCUCUGGGGGGCUCCACACUGUUCAUUGAGACGUCACUCUGCCGACCACAAGGAGGGGCAGAAGCUAAAGGAGAGGGAACCUUGGAGGUCACAGGUCAGCUUGGUGAUGUCAUGAAGGAAAGUGCAAAGAUUGCUUCUACAUUUGCCAGAGCCUUCCUCAUGACUAAAGAACCGGAAAAUAACUUCCUGGUCAGCUCCCACCUGCACCUGCAUGUUCCUGAGGGGGCUACUCCCAAGGAUGGACCCAGUGCUGGUUGCACAAUAGUCACUGCAUUGUUGUCCCUGGCAACCAACCGGUCAGUGCGUCAGAAUGUGGCGAUGACUGGGGAGGUGUCACUAACUGGCAAAAUCCUGCCAGUAGGAGGAAUUAAAGAGAAAACUAUUGCUGCCCGCCGUGCUGGUGUAACCUGCAUGGUUAUUCCAGCUGAGAACAGGAAGGACUUCUCCGACCUGCCAGACUACAUCAGAGAAGGACUGGAGGUCCAUUUUGUGGACCACUACAGCCAGAUCUACCCCAUAGUCUUCCCGUAAAACCAAGAUGGGACAGCAUUUCCAUGUGUAAAACUGCUCAUCGUUCUGGUAUAAGAUUGUGAUAUUUUUUAGUUUUUUACCUUUAGUCCAGCUGUGGAGACAUAUGUUCUAGGACCAUCCCAAAGAUCAAAUGACUAUAUGAACUCAAGCAUGCAUCAUGACUCAGAGGAGGAGCUGUGAUAUUUGAUCAGGACGAUGGGAUUGGAAACAGCCAGGAUCUAAGAUGAGCUGGGACAGUGCAGUGAUCACUCUGGUCUGCUGCCAUGCAGCCUCUUUAUCUACAUCUUGGUGAAUGGACACUUUCAGACAUCGUUUAAUGUAAUAUCAGACAUGAUCAUAUUUAAAUAAAGUGUAAGAAAAAACAAAUACUAAAAUGA